GCUAACGAACGAGCCAGAUCACAGUAGAGACUCCAUUAGUUCGCACAUUAGACCGUGUUAGUUGAAUUAUUUAAUUAUAGUAAUUCAAUAAGGUGGUGAAUUAAUAACAAUUACAUGUACUUCGAUUGGAGUUAAACUGGACAACGGCGUUUAUUUGAAUCGGUUGUGACAUCGCUGUUCAUAUGAAGAGAAUUUUAAUUCAACAUGCUUAUCUAAUGCUGAGAUAUAUUAUGUUUAUGAUUGUAGUGACUUAAAACUGUUUUAAAUAUGAAAUGGACCAAAUUAAGGAAGGAAUAAACAUUAAAGAUUCAGUAAUUAAAAACUACGAAGUAAAGAGUCAAACGCAAGUCAACAACUACAAUACUUCAAAUUAUCCAGAGAACAAUCACAAUUUAUACCAAAUGAUUAAGUGCCACGAAGAUAGUUUGUUAAGACUCCAUCACUUAACAGCGGGACGACAAAUAAGUUCUAAUUAUGAAACAAAUUACCAAAAUGACCUCUCAUGGUAUCCCAAAGAUUUCCAAAGACAAUAUAUUAAGCCUGUAGAUUAUUUAGCGUAUGAGGACAUGAGACGAAAAUUUGACGAAGCUAAAGUAAAGGAUAGGGAAAUACGAAAAGAGUCAGAGGAAGAAAAGGAUGGUAAAACAGACGAAAGAAAAAAACCAAGAAGAAAUAGAACAACAUUCACAAGUCAACAAUUGGCUGCGCUGGAAAAGGUCUUUGAAAAGACGCAUUACCCUGAUGCGUUUGUGAGAGAAGAUUUAGCAUCACGAGUCAAUUUAACAGAAGCCAGAGUUCAGGUUUGGUUUCAAAACAGGCGCGCUAAAUUUAGAAGAAACGAAAGAUCAGCACUAUCGUCACAUAGAACUUCAACUAGUCAAAGUUCUCCAGAACCAGUGUCAGUUCCAAUUGGUAUCGCUCAAUCUGCAGACCAUCGACAAGAUUUCAACCGAAACCCGAAGGAACCGUGGUUACACCACUUUCAAACAAAUAACUUGAAUUUCAACCUCGGCUUACCGAUUAGUAACACAGGGUUAUACCAAAAUGAUUAUACAUUAAUGAUGCAAAAUGUAGGUAAUAGGCAAUACGUGCCCAACUCGAAUACGUUGAUGGGACAAAAUGUGGCAAAUUAUGGAACUUCAUCAGACAAUGGUUAUGGUUCCUGUGCGUUAUUAGGGAGUUACGGUGGAACACUACAACCAGCACAUCACAGUUCCUAUAAUUUGAAUUUGAGACUUAGGCCACACGAUUUCAGUAUUAACAAUAUAACUUUAUGAAAUUUGUUAAAACUAAUUAUACAAUGUACCAGGUACCUCCUGAAUUAAAAUAAAUGUUUUAUAAUUCGUAUAAUAUUAUUUUUCAUUCAUAAUCCUCUUUUUACAAGUUACCAUUACAAAAAAAAACUGUAGAUUAAAUCAACACUUUCCUUUUACCCUUUUAUUGCACAAAAAUACCGAUAAAUAUAAAUAAAUUGAUUGGCUAGUGAAAGUAGAUACUAAAAUCGCCCGUCAAAUUUAAAAAACCUUUUAAACAAAUUAAAAAGACAUGCGUUUCCUUAAAUUAUUUUUUG